AUGGAUAACAGAUCCUACAAGCGCCGUCCUGGCGCCUGUCAGGGAUGCAAAAGUCGGAAGCUCAAAUGCCAAUGGAACCACAUGUCGCUACCUCCCAAGGAAGAAAAGAGGGAGGCCAUUGAGGACUCGGACAGCAUUUGGCUGUCCAAUACGGCGUUCGAAAUUGAUGACGAGAGUCCCACUUCCCCCUUUCACUGCCUCUCAGGCCCCAACGUGUUACAAAUCCCAGACCCAUUCUUUCUCAGUGGAGAUGAGCUCGGGGUAGCGUUGAACAGCGACGCGGUCAAUAUUUUUCAGCCUCCUCAACCCCUGUAUAAGGAGUUAGGUCCUCCUGCAGUUUGCGAAACUACAUCGCUCGAGUAUGGCUGUGUCCAAAAUGGAGUCGAUCUCCCAUCAAGGCUUAUGAAUUUCUGCCAAGAGUUUGAGCUGAUUGACUUCUCCGAGGUUGCGCUCGUAUCCCGACUGGCCAGCCUUAGCUCGAUUCAAGAUGUGGGUUUAGAGCCCAUGACGAAAACCGUCACGGAUGUGCUUUCGCGGCUUGACCAGCAUGUUGAGAAUGCGGGCGAUGGGGACCGGAAUAACUGGCAGGAACUCGACAUGGGUCGCUUGCGAUCAUAUAUUGAAGUUUUCAUCAAGAGGCCAUAUAUGGGGGCCAAUCAUGUCAGCGAAGAGGAACUGGUUGGUUUUCUCCACGACGUAUCUGCCGGUAAAACUGUCGACGCGGCCUCGGCUGCGUUGACUUAUGCAGCUAUUGCGACGGGCGCCAAGCUUGAGCGCUCACCUGGCACAAGCAAGAACUGCAACGCGUUGGUGGUACAACAGUAUUUCGAUAAAUCUUUCAGCACUCUCCCGAGACCCGGGAUGGGAUCGUCGGUAAUGUCAUUCAAGGAAGCGGGGAACUCGGUGACGGCCACGUCCAGGUCCAAAGACGAGUAUCUACGUCUACUUGAGGCGUGGAAGGACUUUGCCAUGGGUUCGACCGUGCAGGGGACGGCAGAAGCCCCGCUCGGGGAACUCUACACAAGAGUGCAGUAUUUCGAGCUGUUACUGUGCAUCUACGCCCAGGACAUAUCUAAACCGGGCUUGUCUAGUUCGCUGGAAGCCAUCACUGGACUCCUUUCCAGUGCGUCGCAGGACAUAUUGCGCUUGCUGAACGAUAUCGACGACCUGAGCAUUGCUUCGGAAUGGCCUUUUGCACGAACCAUCGUCAUCGCCUUUUGCUGCUCGGCGAUCUGUAUCAAAUCGGCCCAGGACAAGCCCCAGCUGCUCAAGCUGAUGGGGGCAGCUCUGGGAUACUUUGCGCGCCUUUCAAUGGGGUUGAAUCUCGACUUUGAAAAGCUUAAUCUUAUAAUGACCAAAGCAUUCCAAUUGGGGGAACUGGAGCGCCCAAGGGAAAAUCCUUCCGGUGUUUCAGCAAACUUUCUUUCUGCAUCUACAUGCCGGAGCCGUAGGUUUCGCCUUUUGGGGAUGGAAGAAGAUGAGCUGGGGGAAUACCUGGAAGAGAAGCUGGAAGAGUUGGAAAUCGGCGACGAAUCCGACGUGGAGGAGAUAUGCCCCUGCGCCCCCAUCCAAGAGGGCAUUCAGCUCAGCAAGAUGGACCCGUCGGCACCUGACUACAGCGUCGUGGCCACGAUCGAGGUCAAUCCCGUGCGGGGGCAGGACGCGAUCGAGCUGGGAUUGGUGCGGCGCGCAUGGCAGCAGGUGGUGGAUCGACACGCCAUUCUGAGGACCCUACUGGUAGAGAGCGUGGCCUACGGCCGCUUUACGGACCAGGUAGUACUGAAGAGGUGGACGGCACAUGUCCAAGAGACAGAGGCCAUGUCCCAAUGCCGGGAACUUGGCAAAUUCCCGGCUAACCAGCCCGCGCACCGCCUCACCCUCGCUCGUGUCGGCAAGGCCGUGCUCUGUCGGUUGGAGAUCGACCACACCCUAACCGAUGGAAUUUCCGUAGCCAUCGCCAUGCGCGACCUGGCGAGGGCGUGCGCCGGAGAGCUCCCGUCCACGCCGGCGCCGCGGUAUAGCGACUACGUCGCCUUCCUCCUCGGCGAGGACCGGGAUGCACACAUAGCGUACUGGACGAAGCUGCUGUCUGGGGCAGAGCCCUGCAUGCUGGCGGCCAAGACGCGAGCGCAGCAGCCGCCGGUGCCGGAUCGAGGCGUAGGAGAAAAAACGCAGCCGUGUGUGCCGGUGCCCGGUCUGCGGACGGUGGUGCUCCAGGCGUACUGCCGCAAGCUCAACGUCUCGCUCUUCAACCUGGUGCAGGCCGCGUGGGCGCUGGUGCUGCGGGCCCACACGGGCAUGGACGACGUGUGCUUUGGCUACGUGGCUGCGGGGAGGGACCUGCCCAUCGACCAGGUCGAUGCCAUCAUGGGACCCCUGAUCAACACGCUGAUUUGCCGGGCGCGGCUCGGUGACGAGGAUGCAAGGUCUGUUGCCGACCUUGUGCGGAACCUGCAGGCGCAGUUCCUGCAGACUGCCGAGCACCAGACCUGCUCGCUCGGCCAAGUCUACGACGCCCUGCGGCUAAAGCGCCAGCGGCUAUUCAAUACUGCCGUCACUUUCCGGCCCCUGCAUCUGGAUAGCAUCGGCAACGACGCUGUGGCGCUGAAGCUGGUGGGGAGGAAGUCCUAUUCGGAAUUUGAUCUUACCGUGUCCCUUGAGCGGUCUGACAAGAUCGAGAUUAGCCUGCACUACUCGCCCUGGGUUUUCUCAGAGGAUGAGGUUGCAGCCGUGGCUUGUACGUUGUCGGAGAUUCUGCAGGUGCUGCCCAAAUCGUCAAAGCUUCCUAAAAUUUCCUCAAAUCACUCCCGGCGUCGUCGCCAGCCUGAAAGCGCGGCACAAAAGAGACACGGUACCGGCGUAGGCAUGAGCCAGGUCGGCGGCAUCGGCCUCGCUCAUCAGCUGGCUCGACGUGAGGACGUCGACGCCGAGGCGGCCGUCCGCAUGGUGCGUGGUGACGAGGGUCCUGCGCACCUGGACGGCGGGGUUGAGGAGCAUCUGCAGGGCGGCCGGGGCGCCGGCGAGGGCGUGCUCGGGGCGCUCGUCGACGGCCUGGUGGAAGAAGACGGACGAGUGGGGCGCGGCGUCGGCGGGCCAGCCGGUGCAGUGCGCCACGAUGUCGUCGAGGCCCAUGGUGUCGCACCGGCCCAGCGCCGCGAACUGCGCCUGCACGCACGCCAUCACCUCCGCCACGGCCCACGGCCUCCGGAAGCCCACGCGCACCGGCACCAGGUUGAUGGUGCAGCCCGCCACGCUCUCGAUGCCGUGCACGCCGGCCCCGCGGCCAGACGUCAGCGUCACGUACACCACGUCCUCGUCCCCGGCCAGCGUGUGGAGCAGCAGCGCCCAGGCGGCGUUCGCCAGCGCCGCGAUGCUGGUGCCGGUGCUUUGUGCUAUGGGCGGCAGCUCUACCGAUGUGCUCGCCGAGAUCCUCUUGCGGACCUGCUGGCCGUCAGCCUGCUGUGGCUCCCGCGCUGGCGUCUUCAGCUGCGUGAAGGGCCUGGACAGCCUGAGUAG